AUGAAUAAAGAAGAAAAGGAUAUCAUCUCUAUUGAGUCAGACAAGGCAGCCGGUGGUGCAGCCCACCCUCACGAUGCUGUGCAAAAGAAAUACCGUUGGAAAAUUAACGAUGAUCACUCCCCUCCUCAAGUGUAUAAUUGGACUUUAUACCUUUCCGUUUUCGUGUUUGGUAUAUUGGGUUGUGCUAGAGGUUACGAUGAUGGUUGUAUUGCUGGUAACGUCACUCAAACUUCAUUCAAGGAGACUUUUGGUCUCGCCAACAAGAACUUAUCUUCAGGCGCAUUGGCCAACUUGAAAUCUAAUAUUACAUCUAUGGUUCAAUUAGGGGCCAUUGGUGGUACCAUCAUUGCGGUAUACACAGUUGAUAAAUUUGGUAGAAUCAGAGCCUUGCAGGGCGUUUGUGUGUUGUGGAUUGUAGCUGCUAUUAUCCAAAUAACUUCCCAUGAUGUUGGACAAUUAUAUGCUGGUAGAUUUUUAGAAGGAUUGGCUAUUGGGCAAACCACUACCAUUGGUCCUAACUAUUUAUCCGAAGUUGCACCAAAGGCCAUUAGAGGGCUCUGUGGAUGUAUUUUUGCCGGUGCCGUCUAUUUUGGAAUUAUGUUGGGUUACUUUGCCAACUAUGGUACUGCUAUUCAUAUUGAAUCUGGAAGAAAUCAAUGGGUCUACCCAACAAUGGUCAAAAUUAUAUUAGCUGGUUUAAUAUUCGUUGGCUCAUUUGUUUUCUGUAUUGAAUCUCCAAGAUGGUUCAUGAGAGUAGGUAACCCAGAAAGGGCAGCCGAGAAUCUUUCCAAGUUGAGACACUUGCCAGUUGACCAUCCGUACAUCUUAGGUGAAAUCUCAGAUAUUAAUGAGCAAAUUGAAACUGAAAAGAGAGAAGUCGAAGGUACUUCCAUUUGGGCUAUGGUUAAGGAAAUCGUUACUGUCCCAUCAGUUAGAUUUAGAUUCUUCGGAUUGGCCGUUACCUCGCAACUUUUAGGUCAAUGGAGUGGUGCCAAUGCCAUCACCAUUUACUCUCCACAACUUUUUGCUCUUGCUGGUGUUCAGGGCCAAAUUCCAACUUUAAAGAUGACUGCCAUUUUAGGGGUCGUUAAAUUUAUUUCUGCAUAUUUGAGUGCCUUCUUCCUUAUUGAUUUCCUUGGUAGAAGAAGAUCUCUUUACUGUGGUAUUACCUUACAAAUGAUUUGUAUCUUGUAUUUUGCCUUGUAUUUGACAAUUGUUCCACAAGCUGAAGAUACGGGAGCAGUUUUAACCCCCUCUCAAAAAGCAGCAGGUAAAGCUGCCAUGGCAGCUAUUUUCCUUUCAGGUACAGGUUGGACUUUUGGAUUCAACGCAAUUCAAUAUUUAAUUGGUUCAGAAAUUUUCCCAUUGAAGGUUAGAUCUGUUGCUCAGAGUUUGACUAUGCUUAUUCAUUUUGUUAACAUUUACGCCAACUCCAAGGCUUUACCAUCUAUGUUACUUGCCAUGGACAACUAUGGUGCAUUCUACUUCUUCGUUGGUGUCAUGCUUAUUGGAUUGUUUUGGGCCUAUUUUUUUGUUCCAGAAAUUUCAGGUCGUUCAUUGGAAAGUAUGGAAGAAAUCUUCUCCUUACCAUGGUACUUAAUUGGUAGAAAGGGUGCUGAAUUGUGCCCAGAUUACUCUGAAGUCAGUAAAAUGCAAUAUACAGAAGAUGGAAGUGGGAAUGCUCACGGAGGUGACAUUAUAUAUGAUGAUCAUCAUUCAAAGGCUUCAGCGGAAUACGUGGAAGACUUAAUGGAAGAAAAUCAUCCAAAUAAAUGA